AUGACCAAGUGGCUGAACAAGAGCUGGCCGGCAAACCAGGUUGCAGAGGACAUGAAGGAGACUGCGAUCCAGAGGGCUCAGUGGACCAGACAGAAUGGGGCCAAGACAGUCGAGAUAGUCCGAGAGUAUGAGCGUUUGCUGGAUACUCCAUGCAUGGUAAAUUGUUUUACAAAAACAUUAGGCUUGAAUUUCAUUCUGUUUGCUGUGAUUAACUAGCCUGGCUGAUGCGACCCACGUGACUCAGUGCAGGGAGAGCUGUGACCACACUGGUCUGGAAAGGAGGCUGUCGGUGUUUGAGUGAGAAAGACACAGAGGAGAGCCUACCAGUUAAAGCACAGCCCCUUUCAUUAUCGACGCAUUGUGCCGACAACAUCAAAGAGCCAUUACAGACUCUGAAGUCAGGACUUCAAGAGUUAGGCAUUAGCCAGACUAGUGAUUAACUGCAAUGGAAAAGUAAUUGUUUCUGGCUACAGCAUAACACAAUUUGAAGUCAUGUUGGGCAGAGUCUCACAAGCAUUAGAAACAGCAUUGGGUGUGGAUCCGAUGGGAAUGUGGAUCUGAGCAACUGUGAUGUCAUAAAUGUUUGUGUAAAUGUUAAGUUGUCUAUUGUUUUUGUCAAUGCAUGUUUUUAUUUGUAAAAAAAUAAAAAUACAACCCAAAUAAAAUAUUACAAGAAAAGUAAUUGUCUGCUUUACUACAGAUUGCUCAGGACUUUUAUAUUUUAAACCAAGACAUUAUGUAGGUUUCCAUCCAAUUUGCGACAGAUUUUCAUGCGAAUAUUCUAAAAUCUGCAUAAAACAAUAUGCAUAUUUUCCCACCAGAGAUAUUUCCGGCAAAAUGACUUUUUGCGGCUAAAAGGCUGUGCGUGAUGACGUCGUGUACAUAAAAAUUACUUUUGGGGUUAAAUUCCAAUGUACCGAAUAAAAUAAAAUGCUAGUUAAAUGGGUUUCCAUCGCAUUUUCAACUCUACUGAUGGUUUUGUCACAAACUGUUGCGUUAUAUAGCGAAUGUGCCCACACUGGUCUUGGCACAUGCACUCUAGCCAACAGCUUGCACAUACAGAAGGGUAGGCCAUCUACAUUUUGAGAUUAUUAUGGAUAAGAGCAAUAUUAUUUGUAUUUGUCAAACGACAGCCAAGCAUUGAUCAUCAUGUCACCAGAAUAAGACCCCAAACUCAUCACCUUGCACAUUCACCAUCCUGUGAAGUUCAUCAUAAUUUAUUUAAUCUGUAGCCUAAUAAACUGCAUGCUUUCCCGAGUCGUAGUAGGAGGACCACACGACAUACCAUUGUGUGAGUCCAAGUUUACUUCAAUAUGAUGGUUAUUAUAUCAAUAUUUGCACAUAAAGGAGUUUCCACUGCCAUUUCUCGCAUAAGUAAUUUUAACGACACAAAAAGAUCCCACCAUGUCGAACAAACAAAUUGUCUGUAGGCAUUUAUAAACUUGUACCGGCAUUUCAUGUUUCCAUCAGCCCGGUCGUGACUUUUUUCAUGCGUCGGGUAAUUCAUGGGAAACGUGGUUAGUGUUGUAUAAAUGAACCUAUGAGCCCCAGCCCCAAAUGAAUGGAAGAUCAAAUCAAUCAAAUGUUAUUUAAAAAGCCCUUUUUAUAUCAUCAGAUGUCACAAAGUGCUAUACAGAAACCCAGCCUAAAACCCCAAACAGCAAGCAAUGCAGAUGUAGAAGCACGGUGGCUAGGAAAAACUCCCUGGAAAGGCAGAAACCUAAAGAGGAACCAGGCUCUGUGGGGUGGCCAGUCCCCUUCUGGCUGUGCCGGGUGGAGAUUAUAACAGUACAUGGCCAUUAAGGCCAGAUUUUUCUCCAAGAUGUUCAAACUGUCAUGAACCCUGCAUCCUGAGUCGGUUCCUGCCUGUGUUGCCAUUUUUCUGCUCGGAAUCUCCAGUUUCCUGAGGGUUCGUGAACGCUCCCGGCCUGGUUGCCGGGCGACGUUGCUAGGCGGGAGAUCUCCCGAUUAACCGCACCUGCAUCUCAUCAGCGGUCUGCACACCUGGUCCUGAUCAUCACCCUUCUUAAGCCCUGACCUGACAUCCAUUCCCUGCCGGAUCGUUAGCCAUGAACAGUAUGUUUGUCAGUGUAUCAGCCUUGGAGUUCUAGCGUUAGUUUUGUUGUUUUGCACCUUGAUGGCUUGCCGUGUACUUACCUCCGUUUUGUUUCUAUCUGCAGUCAAUCUCCCGGAACCUUCACCCAACCCCUGCCUGGUUGUCGGCGGCUGCCGAGCCAUUCUUGGAUCUACCACUGCACCUCCACCAACUCAUCUCCGCCGUCCGCUCUGUCCCCUGGAUUAUUCUACAUCGUUUUUGGAAUCUGUUAAAUAAAUACUCACCUUCGUUUCAACUCACCUUGUCCUGGUCUGCUUCUGGGUUCUGGCUUAGUAAACCGUGACAGAACGAUCCGGCCAGAAAUGAACCCAGCGGACCUGGACUCUGUUCGCCAUGCCAUUACCCAUCAGGAGAAGAUGUUGGGACAACAUAGCACGGCGCUACAGGAGAUAGCUUUGUCCGUUCGGAACUUUUCUACCAGUCUGACGAAGAUCCAGGCUCAGCUCAGUUUGCCGGUGGAGAAUCCACGACCGGUUUCACCCAUCUCGCCUGCCGCUUCUGGAGCUGUGCCCUUCCGUGAGCCCAAGGUUCCGACGCCGGAUAAAUAUGAGGGGGAGUUGGGAAGAUGCCGUUCUUUCCUUAUGCAGUGUGGAUUAGUGUUCGAUCUACAGCCCCACUCUUAUGCCACAGACAAGGCUAGGAUAGCCUUUGUCAUUGAGUUGCUGCGUGGUCAAGCUCUGGAGUGGGCUUCAGCCGUUUGGGAACAACAGGACACCUGCAUGGCCUCAUACCAGGAGUUCACGGCCGAGAUGAGGAAGCUAUUUGACCAUCCCGUCCGAGGUAUGGACGCAGCUAGGCGCCUGUUUUCGCUUCGCCAAGGAACUCGCAGCGUUGCCGACUUCGUGAUCGAGUUCAGGACUUUGGCUGUGGAGAGUGGGUGGAAUGAGGAGUCUCUGCAAGCGGCCUUUUACCAGGGGCUGUCGGAGCAGCUCAAGGAUGAGUUGAUCUCCUAUCCGGAGCCUAGUGACCUGGACAGCUUGGUAGCCUUGUCUAUUCGGGUGGAUAACCGAGUUCGAGAGAGAAGGAGGGAGAAGCAAUGGGGCCCGUCCACUUGUUCCCGGCGGUAGUCAAACUGCUCGGCUCGCUAAAGUUGGGAGGACUUUUAGCGAGCCAGUUUCAACCACUCAGUACCUCUGUCAGACCCCGUUUCCCGGCUACCCUCAUGAACAGGAAUCAGAGUCUAGCGAUUAACGCUUUCGUCGAUUCAGGUGCCGAUGGAAGCUUUAUUGAUGCCGAAGUGGUGGAUACAGGGUGCUACUGUGUUCACCAAGCUAGACCUACGCAAUGCGUAUCACCUGGUCCGGAUCAGAGAGGGGGACAAGUGGUUGACGGGUUUCAAUACACCGAUGGGUCACUUCGAGUAUCAGGUGAUGCCGUUUGGACUGACCAAUGCUCCAGCAGUGUUCCAGAGUAUGGUGAAUGACGUCCUGAGAGAUAUGAUCGGUCUCUUUGUGUUUGUUUACCUGGAUGACAUUCUUAUCUUUUUGAAGGAACCUUCCAGCCACGUCCAGCAUGUCAGGCAGGUUCUGCAGCGAUUGUUGGAGAAUCGCCUGUUCGUGAAGGCCGAAAAGUGCGAAUUUCACGCCCACACUACAUCCUUCCUCGCGUACAUCAUCUCCAGGGGAGAGAUCAGGAUGGACCAGGAGAAGGUUAGGGCGGUUCUGGAAUGGGCCCAGCCCGGUACGAGAUUGCAGCUCCAGAGGUUUCUGGGGUUUGCGAAUUUCUAUCGCAGAUUCAUCCGGGAUUACAGCCGUGUGGCCGCUCCUUUAACUGCCCUGACUUCCAGUACCAGGACCUUCAGUUGGAACCCUGUGGCGGACCGAGCGUUCCUGGAUUUGAAGAGGCGAUUCACCAACGCACCGAUUCUCUCUCAACCUGACACGGCCCGUCAGUUCGUCGUGGAAGUGGAUGCGUCUGAUGUGGGGGUUGGCGCCAUCCUGUCCCAGCGACGCUCCACUGACGGGAAACUCCAUCCCUGCGCCUACUACUCUCGUCGUCUUUCGUCUGCGGAGAGGAACUACGAUGUGGGUAACCGGGAGCUUCUCGCGGUGAAGCUUGCCUUGGAGGAGUGGCGCCACUGGUUGGAGGGGGCGGAGCAACCGUUUAUUGUCUGGACCGACCACAAGAAUCUUGCUUACGUGCAAUCGGCUAGACGUCUCAACUCCCGUCAGGCCAGGUGGGCUUUGUUUUUCGGACGCUUUCAUUUUUCCCUGAUGUUCCGACCUGGGUCUAAGAACGGCAAGGCGGACGCCUUGUCCCGGAUGUUCUCCAAGACGGAGGAGAGUGGGGCCAAGACCGAGACGAUUCUUCCCCGGAACUGUGUCGUGGGAGCAGUUAUGUGGAGGAUUGAGGAGGAGGUUAUGGCGGCCCUUCGGACGCAGCCCGGUCCCGGUAACGGUCCACCCGGUUGUUUGUUUGUGCCUGAGUCGGUUCGUUCUGCUGUCCUCCAAUGGUCCCACGCCAGCAAGAUGGCUUGUCACCCUGGCGUGGCCCGGACGAUGGCGUUACUUCGCAGACGAUUUUGGUGGCCGGCCAUGGGAGAAGAUACUCGGAGGUUUGUUGCUGCCUGUCCAGUGUGUGCGCAGAAUAAGAGUGCCAACCGGCCCAGCUCUGGACUACUUCACCCCCUCCCUAUUCCCCGGCGACCAUGGUCGCAUCUGGCCCUGGACUUUGUCACUGGGUUGCCCUCUUCUGAGGGGAACACGGUCAUUCUGACUAUCGUGGACAGAUUCAGCAAGUUCGCCCACUUUGUGCCCAUUUUCAAGCUUCCCUCGGCCUCUGAGACGUCCGAGAUCCUGGUUAGGGAGGUUUUCAGGGUCCACGGGUUGCCCAGUGACAUAGUUUCCGACCGUGGCCCUCAGUUUACCUCUGCUGUCUGGAAGUCUUUCUGUUUGGCCAUUGGAGCUACAGUCAGUCUCACAUCUGGUUUUCACCCCCAAUCUAAUGGUCAGGCGGAGAGAGCCAACCAGAAGAUGGAAUCCACUCUACGCUGCCUUGUCUCCUCCAACCCCACCUCCUGGGUCUCUCAGUUGCCUUGGGUUGAGUAUGCCUACAAUACUCUCCCUACAUCCGCCACUGGGAUGUCUCCCUUCCAGUGCCUGUAUGGCUACCAACCUCCCUUGUUUCCUUCUCAGGAGAAGGAUCUCUCAUGCCUGUCAGCCCAUCGUCAUUGCCACCGGACCUGGCAUCGGGCCAGACAGGCCCCCUAGAGUUUCUGACCGGUAUCAGCUGUUCAGGCCACCGGACCUGGCAUCGGGCCAGAAAGGCCCUCCUUAGAGUUUCUGACCGGUAUCAGCUCCAGGCGAAUCGUCGCCGGAUUCCCGCCCCCACCUAUACCAUCGGAGAUAGGGUCUGGUUGGCCACACGGGAUCUUCCUCUGCAGACUGAGUCUAAGAAACUGUCACCGAGGUUCAUUGGUCCGUUUGUGGUGGAGAAGGUGAUCAAUCCUGUGGCGGAUCAACUCAAGUUACCUAGAACGCUCAGAGUCCAUCCCACCUUUCAUGUCUCCUGCCUCAAGCCUGUUCUCCUCAGUCCUCUGUUACCCCCUCCACCUCCUCCUCCUCCCCCUCGGAUGAUCGGAGGUGGUCCUGCCUACACGGUGCGCCGCAUUAUGGAUUCCAGACGGCGGGGCCGGGGUUUCCAGUAUCUCGUGGACUGGGAGGGGUAUGGUCCUGAAGAGAGGAGUUGGAUUCCUCGGCGCCAGAUCCUGGAUGCUGACCUCCUUCGUGACUUCUACCGCCUCCAUCCUGGCGCUCCGGGUAGUCCGCCCGGUGGCGUACUGUCAUGAACCCUGCAUCCUGAGUCGGAUCCUGCCUGUGUUGCCAUUUUUCUGCUCGGAAUCUCCAGUUUCCUGAGGGUUCGUGAACACUCCCGGCCUGGUUGCCGGGCGACGUUGCUAGGCGGGAGAUCUCCCGAUUAACCGCACCUGCAUCUCAUCAGCGGUCUGCACACCUGGUCCUGAUCAUCACCCUUCUUAAGCCCUGACCUGACAUCCAUUCCCUGCCGGAUCGUUAGCCAUGAACAGUAUGUUUGUCAGUGUAUCAGCCUUGGAGUUUCUAGCAUUAGUUUUGUUGUUUUGCACCUUGUUGGCUUGCCGUGUACUUACCUCCGUUUUGUUUCUAUCUGCAGUCAAUCUCCCGGAACCUUCACCCAACCCCUGCCUGGUUGUCGGCGGCUGCCGAGCCAUUCUUGGAUCUACCACUGCACCUCCACCAACUCAUCUCCGCCGUCCGCUCUGUCCCCUGGAUUAUUCUACAUCGUUUUUGGAAUCUGUUAAAUAAAUACUCACCUUCGUUUCAACUCACCUUGUCCUGGUCUGCUUCUGGGUUCUGGCUUAGUAAACCGUGACACAAACGUUCAUAGAUGACCAGCAGGGUCAAAUAAUAAUCACAGUGGUUGUAGAGGUUGCAACAGGUCAGUACGAUGCAGGCAUCAAACAGGGGAUUGGGUGUUAAUUGACGUAAAUGGCUAUAAAAUAUACAAAAUAAAUUGUGUGAUGGCAUUGUGAGUGUGCCUCCUUGCUUUGCACAAGUCCUCACAUUCUAAAAUCAAAUAAUUUCUCUAACAGGUUGGGACCAACAUGGUUGAGUGCCUGCACCAGGUGGAGGUGACCAGACCCUACCCAUUUGUGUUGGCUCUUGGGGACUGCUCACUGGUGUUUACAGUCAUUAGUGGACUGGCAUUGGAGCAAGGUACACUGCUUGGGGCACUGGAUGUGUGCUUCAAGUCCUAUUAUGUGUUUGAUAUCUGUGCCCCAGCAUGGGAAUUCCUAUAGACCACGGUGUAUGCGUUGCCAGGAACAGAAUCCCCCCACAGUAAGACUGUUGCGAGCAUGUCUUUCUUCCACUGAUCAAUAGUGGUAUCUCUCCGCAACGGAGUUAGGAAGGACGCCUGUAUCUUUGUAGUGACUGGGUGUGAUACACCAUCCAAAGUGUAAUUUAUAACUUCACCAUGCUCAAAGGGAUAUUCAAUGUCUGCUUUUUUAUUUUUACCCAUCUACCAAUAGGUGCCGUUCUUUGCGAUGCAUUGGAAAACCUCUCUGGUCUUUGUGGUUGAAUCUGUGUUUGAAAUGUACUGUUCGACUGAGGGACAUUACAGAUAAUUGUAUGUGUGGGGUACAGAAAUACAAAAAUCUUGUUAAACACUAUUAUUGCACACAGAGUGAGUCCAUGCAACUUAGUGUGUGACUUGUUAAGCACAUGUUUACUCCUGAACUUAUUUAGGCUUUCCAUGACAAAGGGGUUGAAUACUUAUUGACUCAAGACAUUUCAGUUUUUCAUUUUUUAGUAACUUGUAAAAAUGUCCCUUUUGACAUUAUGGGGCAUUGUGUGUAGGCCAGUGACAAAACAUCUCAUUUUAAUCCAUUUGAAAUUCAGGCUGCAACAACAAAAUGUGGAAAAAGUCAAGUGCUGUGAAUACUUUCUGAAGGCACUGUGUGGUUGGAACGGAGAGGGACAUAGAACGUAGUGUCAGAGAGUUGAGCAUAAACCUCAUUAUCAUUGUUUCCUGACAACACGACCAAUACGAACGUUUUUUACCACCCGAGAACGUGAAUGAAUAGAUCAAUGGAUGGAUGAGCCAUGAGUGUCUCAUUCCAAUGCUAAUAUGCUCUUAAGGCACGAUUUAUAGCUUUGUUAAAUUAACUUUUCGUUGUUGUUUUUUAUGCAUUUGUGCCUGCUUUUUGCCUACAGUACGGUAUGUGGCUCGUUUGCCUUUAGUUCAACUACUGAAGCGCGUUUUGAUAUGCUUUCAUUCUAUCACAACAAUUCAUUUUAAAUACAAAUGUUACAUUUUGGGGAUUGUGAAAAGUGCAUUAUGAAUGAAAUACAGUUAUUAAGUAAUGAGUCAUUAGUCCAUGUCCUUAGUAGAGCAACCUUCAUAUUUAAUAUUUUACUUGUUCUGUGUAACAAUGUUUUAACUCGACCCAAAUGUAGACCAUUAUUGUGUGGCAAAACAGCAUGGUGUGUAUGUAUGUGUGCUGUCACCUAAGAUAACCGAAGUGUGUCAAGGAAUGUGAAUAUUUAUUGAUUAGCUCUGGCACUGUCUGAUAGACAGAUCUGUGUUAAUACCACUUAAGACAGUGUCGGACGCAUGCUUUGUUUUUCUCAGAUUGCAAUCUGAGUGUGCACAUCAAUUUCAACUGAGGCUUUAGUCUGAUGUUUGGACUGUUUGGUUCAUGAAAUAAUAUAAAUACAUUCUAAUAAUCAACCCUAUCUUAUGAAAUCUUACCUUGUGAAAAAAUACAUAUUUAGACUUUGUUUCAAUGUGCUAUUUAAAACAUUGAUAUAUUCUCUGACGUGAUAUACAGUGGGGGAAAACAUUUAUUUAGUCAGCCACCAAUUUCUCCCAUUUAAAAAGAUGAGAGAGGCCUGUAAUUUUCAUCAUAGGUACACGUCAACUAUGACAGACAAAAUGAGAAAAAAAUUCCAGAAAAUCACAUUGUAGGAUUUUUAAUGAAUAUAUUUGCAAAUUAUGGUGGAAAAUAAGUAUUUGGUCAAUAACAAAAGUUUCUCAAUACUUUGUUAUAUACCCUUUGUUGGCAAUGACACGGGUUUCAACGUUUUCUGUAAGUCUUCACAAGGUUUUCACACACUGUUGCUGUUAUUUUGGGCCCAUUCCUCCAUGCAGAUCUCCUCUAGAGCAGUGAUGUUUUGGGGCGGGUCGCUGGGCAAACACGGACUUUCAACUCCCUCCAAAGAUUUUCUUUGGGGUUGAGAUCUGGAGACUGGCUAGGCCACUCCAGGACCUUGAAAUGCUUCUUACGAAGCCACUCCUUCGUUGCCCGGGCGCGGUUGUGUUUGGAUCAUGUCAUGCUGAAAGACCAGCCACGUUUCAUCUUCAAUGCCCUUGCUGAUGGAAGGAGGUUUUCACUCAAAAUCUCACGAUACAUGGCCCCAUUCAUUCUUUCCUUUACACGGAUCAGUCGUCCUGGUCCCUUUGCAGAAAAACAGCCCCAAAGCAUGAUGUUUCCACCCCCAUGCUUCACAGUAGGUAUGGUGUUCUUUGGAUGCAACUCAGCAUUCUUUGUCCCCCAACACGACGAGUUGAGUUUUUACCAAAAAGUUAUAUUUUGGUUUCAUCUGACCAUAUGACAUUCUCCCAAUCCUCUUCUGGAUCAUCCAAAUGCACUUAGCAAACUUCAGACGGGCCUGGACAUGUACUGGCUUAAGCAGGGAGACACUCUGGCACAGUAGGAUUUGAGUCCCUGGCGGCGUAGUGUGUUACUGAUGGUAGGCUUUGUUACACUUUGGUCCCAGCUCUCUGCAGGUUAUUCACUAGGUCCCCCUGUGUGGUUCUGGGAUUUUUGCUCACCGUUCUUGUGAUCAUUUUGACCCCAUGGGGUGAGAACUUUGCGUGGAGCCCCAGAUCGAGGGAGAUUAUCAGUGGUCUUGUAUGUCUUUCCCUUUCCUAAUAAAUUUCUCCCACAGUUGAUUUCUUCAAACCAAGCUGCUUCCCUAUUGCAGAUUCAGUCUUCCCAGCCUGGUGCAGGUCUACAAUUUAGCUUCUGGUGUCCUUUGACAGCUCUUUGGUCUUGGCCAUUGAGUUUGGAGUGUGACUGUUUGAGGUUGUGGACAGGUGUCUUUUAUACUGAUAACAAGUUCAAACAGGUGCCAUUAAUACAGGUAACGAGUGGAGGACAGAGGAGCCUCUUAAAGAAGAAGUUACAGGUCUGUGAGAGCCAGAAAUCUUGCUUGUUUGUAGGUGACCAAAUACUUAUUUUCCACCAUAAUUUGCAAAUAAAUUCAUUAAAAAUCCUACAAUGUGAUUUUCUGGAGAAAAAAAAUCUCAAUUUGUCUGUCAUAGUUGACGUGUACCUAUGAUGAAAAUUACAGGCCUCUCUCAUCUUUUUAAGUGGGAGAACUUGCACAAUUGGUGGCUGACUAAAUACUUUUUUCCCCACUGUAUGUUCUGAAAUGCAGGCAAUAGAGAUUCAUUAUUUGAAACUGUAUGUUGAUUGUGUGUGUAGGAAAGGGAGGGGCUGGGAUGGUAGAGAAGGCACAAAUAUGCAAAAUUGAAAUUAGGAUGACACUGAAAAUAACCCAAGAAUUACAUAAAUUACCCUAAAUUAAUUUACCCAGCAGUUGGGUCAAGUGCUCAACGCAAGGCGCUGGGUUAGAAGCACAACCCGCAGGGUUGAAUUAACCCAAUGCUGUAUUUGUCCAAUAUUGACCCAGUGCUGGGUUGUUGAAAUUACCCAAAUUGGGUUAUUUGUAACCCAGCAUUUAGUAACAAUUCAUUUAGGAAAAAUAUGAAUUGCCAUAUUAGGCAUAACUCCAUUUUUACCUUUUAAGAUGCCAAAUUAUAAAUUGUUUUCAGUAAUUGUUUCCAGUAUCCUAGUUCUGUUUUCUGAUUGUUUCAGUACAUGCAUUCAACAAGCUUUGGACGAAGGACUUCCACAGGGCCGCCAUAUCCAAAGUUCACUCAAAAAGGCAAUAGUUCUGAACUUGGUUUGAUAUAGUUUGUUGUUUUUAAUUAUAAAAUUGAGUUAAUUAUGUUCAAAGUGGCGCAGUGGUCUAAGGCACUGCAUCGCUGUGCCACUACCGAUCCUGGUUCGAAUCCAGGCUCUGUCGUAGCUGGCUGCAACCGGGAGACCCAUGCGGCGGCGCACAAUUGGUGCAGGGUAGGGGAGGGAAUGGCCGGCAGGGAUGUAGCUCAGUUGGUAGAGCAUGGUGUUUCCAACGCCAGGGUUGUGGGUUCGAUUCCCACGGGUGGUCAAUAUAAAAAAUAAUGUAUGCACUAACUGUAAGACGCUCUUGUAAAGAGCGUCUGCUAAAAUGACAAAAAAUAUAUUUUAAACUUCCAUUGGCUAAUCUAUUUCUCAGUUAUCACUUGGCUCAUGUAAACAAUGCUGUAGUUGUCCCUUUUAAACCUCCUAAGGUCAACAUCCCUAUAGUGUUCACAUUUCUUUCAUGUAAAUGUUGUAGCUACAUAAAAAUACUAAACACUUUAUUUGGGAAAUAUCCAGUCUUUGCUAUUUUCUUCAUUACCAUGCUGAUGAUUUCAAGUUUUAUUGUUUCUGUUAGACAUUGAAUCCAUGUUUAGUAUAUUUACUACAUUUGUUUUUUUUCUCUAUGAAGUAAGUUCAUUUAAAGUCAUGUGAUUUACAUAGAUACAUUUCAAUGUUUAACACACUAACCAAAAACCUGAUCUGCUAAAUGACUCAAAUGUAAAUGUACUGAGUUUGCAGCCACACGUUUCCCAGAAUUGUUUCCCAGAAGUUCACAAGUUGCUGCAAAAUUUCCGCUACAGUUUGCCACAAAACUAAUUUGCAUGUGAAAAUUUGAGCUUGCGGCAAAUUGGCCAAAGGUUUGCCACAACUGUUUGCCAGAAGCCUGUUUUUUUUGGUAAUGGUACUUGUUUUAUCAGUGUUUCUUCGCUUCUGAAUCUGUCUUUUCAGCCAGCAAGUGGGUCUUAGUUUAUGAGCUGUAGUAACGAGUGACUUUUGUUGUAUUACAUAGCCUACGUCACUGGAGGCUGGAAAGUCCCGUCUAUUUCAUUUGCUGCAAGGCCCGUCACUUCUUGGCCGAAAGAUAUGCAUCACUGUCAAACGAAGUACAACUCUGGAAAUCUAUCUGUACCCACAUAAACUAGUCCCGGCAUCAUUCUAUGACAAACACAGAAGGUUUUAUAUUGAGUUCAAUAGAAGAAAACAGAGAGAGAGGGAGAGAGACUGUCAGUUCCUUAAUAUAGCCAUUGGCUGUAUUAUACAGCCAAAACAUUAAGGAACUGGCAGUCUCUCUUUGUUUUCUUCCAUUGAAUUAUAUGUAGCCUAAUAUUUAAACACUUAGCUAAGUGGGCAGGGGGGGACACCUGACAGGCACUAAUUAGAAAUAUGUAGUUAGGUUGUUAUAAGGUAUUAUUAUAAGCCAAUUAUGAUCUAUAAUUCAUUUAUUCAGUGAUUUUCUUUGUCAAAAUUGUGUUUAUUCAUUCACAACUAGGCUGGGUAACACUUCAGUUUAAGGAUAUGUAAUAAACCAUUUAUUAAUAAUUACUCCCACAUAAAUAAUAUAAUAUAAUAUGCCAUUUAGCAGACGCUUUUAUCCAAAGCGACUUACAGUCAUGCGUGCAUACAUUUUUGUGUAUGGGUGGUCCUGGGGAUCGAACCCACUACCUUGGCGUUACAAGCGCCGUGCUCUACCAGCUGAGCUACAGAGGACCACAAAAUAACAAUUUACUCAUUAGUUUGCAGUCCCUAAUCUAAAGUGAGUGCUAUUUAUACUUUAUAAAAUAGGUUGUUUGGAUCCUAGGGUGUUAUAGCACCACAAUCCCUGCAUUACAUGGGUAAUGCCUGUUAACAGUUCCAUUAGAUUUAUCAAUGCGCAUCCACUGUCCUACAGCCCAGCCUCCACUGUCAAAAAGCCAAAGACAAUAUUUCCCCAUGCUACUAGCCUAGCAUUUGGUACAGCGGGGGUUAAUAUAAGCCUUGCUGUGUGCCUAUCUGACCUGUGCAACAUGUUGCAGGUUUAUAUUUUUCCAUCUCCACCAUGCAUAUGAACAUGACGAGACUGACAGAUUCUCUGAGCCAGGCAAAUUCAUUUAUCAGGAUCAUUAUAAUGGAUAUUUUCCAAAGAAAUAGAAAUAGAAACAAAGGUAAAACAAACAAAAAUGCACAUAGUUUGCUGUCAUUUCAGCUGCUUUAUGUGAUUGUGUGUUAACUUGCCUUUAACUGGCUAGGUAGCUAGCUAGCAAAGGAUAAGUAACAUUCACCUAGCUAUCCUCCAUAACAGUAUUAUCGACUUGACCAUCAGCAGUUUUUUGCCUAUUUAUACAUUAUUUAUUGAAGUUCUUGUCUCUUCAUCAUUGAACCUCUGAUAGCUAGCCAUCUAGUUACAUGCCAAUGAUUUGUUCGGCAUAGCAACAUGGAAUGAAUAGAAUGACCGACUGGAUCAAAACAUCCCAAAAUGAAUUAACGACCAGCCUGUUUGGUUAGCAACUUUAGAACCUCACAACUAACAACUGGCUUUUGCCUGGACUAUAUAUCGUCUGGUGGAAGAAUGAAAUAAAACAAAUGUACUCAUUAAAACAAAGUUAAUGAAAACAUGUCGUUAAUCCUUUUUUAAAAUGUUGGUAACCGUUUUAUAAAAGCAAGGCCCUCGAAUCCGGGGUUUAUCGGCUUCGCCUCGUGCCUAAUAUCAGCUCUUAGUUGGGAGUUAUCACACGAUAAUCCCCGGGUUCUCAUGCCUUAUUGCUUAAUUAUAAAUAUCAAAAUGACCAGUGUAAUUUCUCACAAAAAGAUGGGCAUGACAUUGGUAGACAUUCCAACAGUACCUGGUAAAAGAAUAAGCACACAACAUGUUUAAGGAUAUACACUGAGUAUAUAAAACAUUAACAGCUCCUCUUUCCAUGACAUAGACUGAUCAGGUGAAUCCAGGUGAAAGCUAUGAUCCCUCAUUAAUGUCACCUGAUAAAUCCAUUUCAAUCAGUGUAGAUGAAGGGGAGGAGACAGGUUAAAGAAGGAUUUUUUAACCUUAGACAAUUUAGAUAUGUAUUGUGUAUGUGUGCCAUUCAGAGGGUGAAUGGGAAAGACAAAAUAUUUAAGUGCCAUUGAAUGGGGUAUGGUAGUACAUUUUACAUUUUGGUCAUGUAGCAGACACUCUUAUCCAGAGCGACUUACAGUUAGUGAGUGCAUACAUUAUUAUAUAUAUUUCUAUUUUUUUCAUUGUGGCCCCCCGUGGGAAUCGAACCCACAACCCUGGCGUUGGAAACACCAUGCUCUACCAACUGAGCAACAUCCCUGCCGGCCAUUCCCUCCCCUACCCUGGACGACGCUGGGCCAAUUGUGCGCCGCCCCAUGGGUCUCCCGGUCGCGGCCAGCGUAUGCAUAUGAUGAUGUGGGCUGGUGUGGCUAAAAUGCUACUGUAGGGCUGAAUUUUUGUUCCAGUCCACCCCUGACCUCUCAUUUUCCAUGACAACUAUUACUAAUCUUGGGGAGUGAACGUGACCGCCGGAUCCUUUAAAAAAUAAAUUAUUUAAAAGUCAUUUAGCAGACGCUCUUAUCCAGAGCAACUUACAUGAGCAAUUAGGGUUAUGUGCCUUGCUCAAGGGCACAUCGACAGAUUUUUCAUCUAGUCGGCUCAGGGAUUAGAACCAGCAACCUUUCGGUUACUGGCACAACGCUCUUAACCACUAAGCUACCUGCCGCUAUACUAUACUUGAGGUGUAUAGUGUGACACUAUCUAUGUCCAACCUUGCUCCCCUUAACAACAUGGGAAUGGAUGUCUCCAACACGCCACCAAGACAUUCAUAUGCGGGGGACCUGUGCCGCAAAAAAAAAGAUGUGACAGAUAUAGGAGACAGCUAGGUCACUCUGCAUUGAUGUUUCCUUGGAGAAAUAAAAUUCAGAGGGGCAGAGCAAUGUGAAUAGCUGUCAAGUGUGUGCGAGGGGAACAGGGUGAAAUGUAUCGUUCGUUUAGACACAUCCAUAACGGAACGUGUUAAUGACAAAUGGUCCGCUUGGCUUAUUUGUGAAUGGCUGUCAUUUCCCUCUGUUCCACUUAUCACCAGAGCUUCACCUCUUUUCUAUUUCUAUAUUUCGAGAGAGCAGGUCCUCUGUCAGGUUUUCGCAUGGCUCAAUUAUAUGGCUCAUGGAUAUACUGUGAAACAUAUCCAGCACGCCCUGACGAUUACACGUGAACAAGCCUAACUGGUUUGUUAAAAGCCAUAUUUCAUGAGAGAAAAUGUAUUCUUUUUUAUCCAGAUUACUUUUAUCCAGAUUACUUUUAUCCAGAUUACUUUUAUCCAGAUUACUUUCUACCCAUUCAGACAAUGAGGCUUUUAUUUUCAUGUUCAAGGAUAUGUCACAGUUCUGCCAUUCAUCAGCUUCUUAUAGUUACAAAUGUGAAGCUUAAAUACUCCAAAUAGCGCUACUAUGGUUGUCAUCGAUUUUAUGACUAAAUAACUAAAGCACGAAAAAAUGUGGACAGUGUUUUUGGUCGGCACCCAAACGCUUACUGUAACCAAAGCCAUGGACAAUUGAUUUAAAUAAUCUAAAAACAAUUCAGAUUGAGGCCUAAAAUGAAGUUAAUGUGGGAUUCUGUGGUUGGACUGAUUGACCUUGUCCUAUUAAACAUCUAAUAUAGGUUAUUACUGAACAGGACCCUAUGAAAAAAUAACCAAUAGGGGUGUAAACACGGGAUAUAAAGGCAACAACAACCACAUGGAAUGAUGUCAUGAAAAGGUUUUAAGAAUAAGAUUUCGCUUAGCCUAGUUUCAGAUAUUUUUGUGCCGUCUUGCCAACUCCCAUGGUCAUUGCAGACAGCCCAGACAGAUCUGGGACCAGGCUCGGUUUCUAGGGAGAAGCACGGCUAAGGCCCUUUGAUCCACUAGGAGUUAAAACAUUGUAUUGUAGAUUAGUGAUGCUCAAAUGUUGGCCCCAGACCAAAACCUUCCUACCACCAUUUACUUUGAUCUUUGUCAUGAAUCAUACAUAGUGCAUUAUGAUUUAUUGAUGAGUGAGGAUACAAUUUAUUGAAUGAUACACGAUAUGUAUCGAUACAGGGAUGUUAAAAUGAUACAUAUGUAUAAUUUCCAUCUGUGAAUCAAUAUAUCGAUACCCACCUGUGGUGAUACAAGGCCUAAUAACCAAGAUCAUUCAUUUUUAACCAGAUCAGAACCCUGAGGAGUAUCGCCAGCAGUGCAACAUCAGCACCAACAUGAUAUAUCAAAGCAAUAAACUGUUGUCUUCGUUCUCAUGGCCAAGGGCUGGAGUUACUACUACAGUAUUCCUCUCCUCCCUCCUCCCACGUUUCUUCUCUCCUCCUCCUCUCUGGGUGAGUCUACCUGGCAGUCCUCCCUGCAAGAUGAUUACAGUACAUCCCAACUGCUCGAACGGGCACAAAUCCCCCCCCCCCCCGUCACAACCACUACCUGUGCGUGUUUUGAAAUGAGAUCAUGUAGGCUAAUGCCUGCCAUGAUAUAAAACACAUGCAUCUGCUUGGCAGCCAUCACAUUUGUUCAUAUUAAAGCAGGGAGCCAUAUGGUGGUGUGCCACCUCCAGCGUUCGUCUUUAUACCGGUUAGAACUAGCUAGUUCCCCACGGACCGGCUACAUGUGGUGUGACGCCGCUGCAGUGUGCAGCGCGGGCAAAUUGAUAUGAGGCACUGAUGAGUGAGUCGCUGCCUGUAUGCCUCUUUUAGGCAGAGAAUUAGCAGGAAGAGGGUCAUCUGUCAUUCAUGCUGCACUGAGUCUGUCACUCAUACAGGGCCUUUACCAGGGGAGAGAUCUCUAAUAAACACUGCAGGGAGGUGUGUGUGUGUGUGUGUGUGUGUGUUUGCGUGCCCUCAUAUGUGUGUGUGCGCUGGUUGGUGUCAACAGGUGCAUGUGUGUUUGUGUGUGCGCGUUUGUGGUAACUUGAUGCAUAUAUUUCUAGUUUGGCCUCCAUCAGUAGAGCGGAAAUAAUCAUAAAAAUGAUAUUAAUACAUAAACAUUUUGUGUAGUGUUUACUCAUUGUGUUGCUGAAGAAUAUUGCUGUAAGUGAACAUUAGGGGAGGUAUGAGGUAACAAAUACAUUUAGUUCUUAACUGUGAGAAUGAUACAUGGAUCAGAUAUUACAUGUGAAAAGAAACACUGAAGUGGUGCUGCACUCGCUUUUUCAAAAUCAAAUAAAACGUAAUUUGUCACAUGCACCGAAUACAAGAGGUGUAGACCGUAAAAUGAUUACUUACAAGCCCUUAACCAACAAUGUCGGAUGGUUGAGGGGCAGCUCUUGGGGAACUGUAGGGGGGAUCAUGGAUCGCUGGUUCGGGUCCCCGUUUUUGACCUUGUGGGAGAUCUGUCGACGUGCCCUUGAGCAGGGCGUUGACCCUGAUUGCUUCUGUGUAUCGCUCUGGAUGGGGGUCUGUUAGAUGACUAAUGUGAUGUAGUUGUUGAGCGGCUUCACUGCAAGUAUAUUGUAUGUUUUAAAUAUUCUAUAAAUAUAAAAAACAGGUUAGUCGAGGUAAUUGAGGUAAUAUGUACAUGUAGGUAGGGGUAAAGUGACUAUGCAUAGAUAAUAAACAGCGAGUAGCAGCAGCGUAAAAAAGGGGGUCAAUACAAAUAGUCCGGGUAACCAUUUGAUUAACUGUUUAGCAGUCUUAUGGCUUGGGGUAGAAGAUGUUAAGGAGCCUUUUGGACCUAGACAUGGCGCUCCGGUACCACUUGCCAUGUGGUAGCAGAGAGAACAGUCUAUGACUAGGGUGGCUGGAGUCUGACAAUUUUUAGGGCCUUCCUCUGACACCGCCUGGUAUAGAGGUCCUGGAUGUCAGGAAGCUUGGCCCCAGUGAUGUACGCACUAUCCUCUGUAGCGCCUUCUGGUCGGAUGCCGAGCAGUUGCCAUACCAGGCGGUGAUGUAACCAGUCAGGAUGCUCUCGAUGGUGUAGAUGUAGAACUUUUUGAGGAUCUGAGGACCCAUGCCAAACCUUUUUAGUCUCCUGAGGGGGAAUAGGCGUUGUCGUGCCCUCUUCACAACUGUCUUGGUAUGUUUGGACCAUGAUAGUUUGUUGGUGAUGUGGACACCAAGGAACUUGAAGUUCUCAACCUGUUCCACUACAGCCCCGUCAAUGAGAAUGGGGGCGUGCUCAGUCCUCUUUUUUUUCCUGAAGUCCACAAUCAUCUCCUUUGUCUUGAUCAUGUUGAGGGAGAGGUUGUUGUCCUGGCACCACACUUUCAGGUCUCUGACCUCCUCCCUAUAGGCUGUCUCAUCGUUGUCGGUGAUCAGGCCUACCACCGUUGUGUCGUCGGCAAACUUAAUGAUGGUGUUGGAGUCGUGCUUGGCCACGCAGUCAUGGGUGAACAGGGAGUAAAGGAGGGGACUAAGCAUGCACCCCUGAGGGGCCCCCGUGUUGAGGAUCAGCGUGGCAGAUGUGUUGUUGCCUACCCUACCCUUGCUCACGUUGAGGGAGAGGUUGUUGUCCUGGCACCACACUGCCAGAUCUCUGACCUCCUACCAGUAGGCUGUCUCAUUGUUGUUGGGGCGGCAGGUAGCUUAGUGGUUAGGAGCGUUGGGCCAGUAACCGAAAGGUUACCCAAGCCGACUAUGUGAAACAUCUGUUGAUGUGCCCUUAAGCAAGGCACUUAAACCAAAUUGUAAGUCGCUCUGGAUAAGAGUGUCUGCUAAACUGUAAAAUCAGGCAUGUGUAUUUAGUUCUGUUACCACACCAUUCUCAAUCAUAUCAUCUGACCAUACUGUAUUCUGCAAAUCUAUCAUCAAUCUGCCAAGCAUGUUCUGCAUCCCGAUUCUCCACCAAAGUGUACAAUUUAACAAUGGUGGAAACUCACUCCAGCCAAUGCUUACACCAAUCACAUGCUUUUGACUGAAGUCCAUGACGAGGAGUGUGCAAGGGUGGAGAAUUAGGACUCAACUAAAGACAACAUCUUUGUCUCCUCAUUUCAUCCUAACAAACUACUGGCUGGCAGUUGGGUGUGAUGCUAGCGUAGCAAUGCUAUUUAGGCCUGUUAUAAUGUAUUAAUUCCGUAUGAAGGCCAGACAGUGACAUUCUGGCAGCCAGGCAGGACUCGAGGGGGCUAGCGGUGUUAAAUAUUACCUGCUGGAGCGCGGCGGCAGGAAAAGACGUGCAGGAGUCAAAUAACAGCCCCAACGCUAAUGCCGGUGCCGUGGCGUGCCACUGAUAGGCUUCAACGGCAUCUAGCUCCCGCCGCUCGAAAUCAGAGAGGGGGGAAAACACAGGCCUGACCGCCUAAUUAACUAUCAACUAAAACAAGAUGGGAAUAAACAUUAGCCCCGCUUUGGAGGUGCCUUUGUAGAGAGAUGUGAGGUGGUGGAGGGAGGGAAGGUGGGAGGGUAGGAGAAAACAGAGGAGGAGGACGAGGAGGUAUAACACAGCAUUCACAAAUUAUCCAACAGAAUUCUGGAGUUGGGACCCAGCUAGCACAUAACGUUCUAAGAACCAUACAGUGGCUUGCAAAAGUAUUCACCCCCCUUGGCAUUUUUCCUAUUUUGUUGCCUUGCAACCUGGAAUUAAAAUUGAUUUUUGGGGGGGUUUGUAUCAUUUGAUUUACACAAGAUGCCUACCACUUUGAAGAUGCAAAAUAUUUUUUAUUGUGAAACAAACAAGAAAUAAGACAGAAAAACAGAAAACUUGAGCGUGCAUAACUAUUCACCCCCCCAAAGUCAAUACUUUCUAGAGCCACCUUUUGCAACAAUUACAGCUGCAAGUCUCUUGGGGUAUGUCUCUAUAAGCUUGGCACAUCUAGCCACUGGGAUUUUUGCCCAUUCUUCAAGACAAAACUGCUCCAGCUCCUUCAAGUUGGAUGGGUUCCGCUGGUGUACAGCAAUCUUUAAGUCAUACCACAGAUUCUCAAUUGGAUUGAGGUCUGGGCUUUGACUAGGCCAUUCCAAGACAUUUAAAUGUUUCCCCUUAAACCACUCGAGUGUUGCUUUAGCAGUAUGAUUGGGGUCAUUGUCCUGCUGAAAGGUGAACCUCCGUCCCAGUCUCAAAUCUCUGGAAGACUGAAACAGGUUUCCCUCAAGAAUUUCCCUGUAUUUAGCGCCAUCCAUCAUUCCUUCAAUUCUGAACAGUUUCCCAGUCCCUGCCGAUGAAAAACAUCCCCACAGCAUGAUGCUGCCACCACCAUGCUUCACUGUGGGGAUGGCGUUCUCGGGGUGAUGCGCCAGACAUAGCGUUUUCCUUGAUGGCCAAAAAGCUCAAUUUUAGUCUCAUCUGACCAGAGUACCUUCUUCCAUAUGUUUGGGGAGUCUCCCACAUGCCUUUUGGCGAAGAUCAAACGCGUUUGCUUAUUUUUUUCUUUAAGCAAUGGCUUUUUUCUGGCCACUCUUCCGUUAAAGCCCAGCUCUGUGGUGUGUACGGCUUAAAGUGGUCCUAUGGACAGAUACUCCAAUCACCGCUGUGGAGCUUUGCAGCUCCUUCAGGGUUAUCUUUGGUCACUUUGUUGCCUCUCUGAUUAAUGCCCUCCUUGUCUGGUCCGUGAGUUUUGGUGGGCGGCCCUCUCUUGGCAGGUUUGUUGUGGUGCCAUAUUCUUUCCAUUUUAUAAUAAUGGAUUUAAUGGUGCUCCAUGGGAUGUUCAAAGUUUCGGAUAUUGUUUUAUAACCCAACUCUGAUCUGUACUUCUCCACAACUUUGUCCCAGACCUGUUUGGAGAGCUCCUUGGUCUUCAUGGUGCCGCUUGCUUGGUGGUGCCCCUUGCUUAGUGAUGUUGCAGACUCUGGGGCCUUUCAGAACAGGUGUAUAUAUACUGAGAUCAUGUGCCAGAUCAUGUGACACUUAGAUUGCACACAGGUGGACUUUAUUUAACUAAUUAUGUGACUUCUGAAGGGUAAUUGGUUGCACCAGAUCUUAUUUAGGGGCUUCGUAGCAAAGGGGGUGAAUACAUAUGCACGCACCACUUUUCCAUUAUUUAUUUUUAGGAUUUUUUUUAACAAGUUAUUUUUUUCAUUUCACUUCACCAAUUUGGACUAUUUUGUGUAUGUCCAUUACAUGAAAUCCAAAUAAAAAUCAAUUUAAAUUACAGAUUGUAACGCAACAAAAUAUGAAAAACGCCAAGGGGGAUGAAUACUUUUGCAAGGCACUGUAUGUUUCUUGGAGCUUGGUGAGAACGUGGUUGUCAUAUGGUUAAUUUGCAUACAACCUUCCCACAACGUUCUGGGAAUGGUGCAGGAUACCCAGCUAGCACAUAACAUUCUAAGAACCAUUUGUUUCUUAGGUGGUAAUUUCAGUACUUCAGGAUAAUGUUUCCUACAGGUUUCCUCAUUGUUCUAUUUAAAGUUAUGUUCUCAGAAUGUUAAGAAACAACGUUCUUCUGUGGGAAUUUCAGUACUUCAGCAUAAUGUUUUCUGCAGGUUUCCUCAUGGUUCUAUUUAAAGUCAUAUUCUCAGAACAUUAAGAAAACUUUCCAUGAAAACCACAAGUAAACAUUAGUAAAGUUCAAAGAAAGUUCUAAGAAUGUUAUUUAACCCUUUAGUUCCCAAUAGAAUUCUAGAAUGCCGAUAACUGUGAAUUUUCAAGGAAAAGCUAAUUUUCUCACACAUUUCAAACAAACAAAAGAACACAUGACUCAAAAACAAAGAACACAUGACAAUUACAAGUUAACUUAGUUUUAAAGAGCACAACCUCUUCUUUAAUAUGACACCACAUUCAUGUCAAUAGGAAUAACACUCAUUUAGUCUUCCAUUGUGUAGACACUCACUAUCAAAAAACUAUUAACACUCAACACAACAAAAAACCCUAGAGUAUUUCAAUUGUAGUACAUUUGACUAACUUACUCACUUAAAAUGUACCAAGUAUAAUAUAUUAUACUUACAAAUAUUAUAUACAUAUAAAUAAAUACAAAGAUCAAAAAUAUGAACAGAGGACAAUAUUCGGAAAGUAUUUAAAAACCCACACAAAGUAGGUUAUUGGAUUGACGAUUCUUACUUCUGUAACAAUGUAAAAAUGCAAACUACUAUUCAGAGACUUUUCAAAAUGUAGGCAACCUCUCUCAAUAAAAUUAAGUACAGACCAGAGCUGUGUUCGAAUACCCAUACUAACAUAAUGUAUACUACAUACUUAAUGAGUAUAUACUACAUACUAUGAUUUUAUUUUAGUAUACUGUAAAAAAACGGUAUCCUUUCAGUUGAGUGUACUAGCGCUUCGCCUGUCUACCAGAAGUUGAUGCUAGCUUGUGAGCAUAGCUAACGAAUUACUAGCUAGACAUCUUACGACUUCAUUAACAAUGUCCAUUGAGAACGCACAAUGACUAUACCACUUAGCUAAGCUAAGAAUGACGUGAAUAAUCAAGUUACUAAACAUUGGAUAGUUAGUUAGAUAGAUAUAGUUAAUAUACUGGCAAGUUCGAUGUAUUAGUAGCAAACUAAUGUUAGGUAGCUAGCUAACAUACCAGUACAUACAAGCAACUGCUGUAAUGAUAUGCUAUGUGGUUCGUAAGGCUAGCGUAGCUAACAAAUUGUCAGCCAACGUAACGUAGCUUAUUCGAAAAGUAAUUACUUUAUUACAUUGCUCAACAUUUUCUUAACAUUUGUCAUAAUUAGUUAAAGCAAUGAAUUUGUAACUGCUCUCGUCGGACUUCGGCUGCAUAUUUUCCGCCCUUUUCUUGAAAUCUGAAAAUGUUGUGAAGCCACGCUCAUUUUCUGAAUUGCAUUAUGGGCCCUAAAAGCACGGAAAUAGUUUCCACUGCUUGUAUACUUUGUAUUUUGGCGAAUGUAGUACGGGAGGCAGGUAGCUUAGUGGGUAAGAGCGUUGUGCCAGUAACCGAAAGGUUGCUGGUUCUAAUCCCCGAGCCGACUAGGUGAAAAAUCUGUCGAUGUGCCCUUAAGCAAGGCACUUAACCCUAAUUGCUCCUGUAAGUCGCUCUGGAUAAGAGCGUCUGCUAAAAUGUAAAUGUAGUACGACAUCCGGGAACUUUUGCCAUACUUACUAUAUCCAUACUAUGACCAAUAAGCAUACUAUAUACUCAGGUCUGACACAAAAUGUAGAAAUAGUAGCCUACUUUGACAACAAUUCAGUCAAUGCAACAAGUAUUAGAUAGAGACAGAUAAGGAAAGAAGAUACACAACACAACAACUGUUCAGAGACAAUAAAAGAUUUGUAGGACAAAUUCAUAUUUCACACUGUCACUUUAGUGUUUGCAUUUAGCCUACAACAUGUCAUGGAACUUCUGGAAGCAUGGCCCCAUCCUGCAAAGUGGCACAGAACACGUAGAGCACCCAAAGGAGGUUUCUACACAUCUCCUACUCUUUGCCCUGCGUCCACUCUGGAUGCACACCACACCCUCUUUUGUGCCCUUCAAACUUCACCUGCUUUCAAAUGAGUUACAACUUGGUCCACACGUCCUGGUGCCACAGUCUUGGCUCCCUUCUUCCUGCCACUGUAGCCAUAUCACAAAGUGAAUGCACAAGCUGCAUUUUGAAUGCCUUCAGGGAACAGCGCCUGCAGUUUCUGGGAAGGGGCCUUUGUAGGGUCCCCCACACAAUGUAUGCAUUUAUGAUGGCAAUAUUGAGCAUCCUCCAAAACACAUACUUCCACAAUUUUCUGGUCAAGAUGGUCAACCCCGCCUAUUUUUUGUUGUUGUAAUCUAUUACAAGCUCUAGAACAGAUAGAAGUUCCUACCACUUUUAAAAACAACUCCAAAACCCCUGCCACUUUAGGCCCAGGCUGUGUGGUACAAGGGUGAAUGGUGGGACUUAGGGCAGACACACGCCAUGGAAAUGUAGGCUCCCCUCUCGGGUGUGCUCUCCUUCGUCCCCUCCCUCUUCCUCCUCCUCUCCCUCUGCUUCCUUCUCUCCCUCUGUUUCAUCCUCUCCCUCUGCUUCAUGCUCCUCCUCUCCCUCUCCCUUCCUUAUGUUCCUCUCCCUCCACUCUUUUCUCCCUCCUCUUCACUCUCCGCUUCAUCUCUCCCUCCUUUCUCUCUCCCUCUACUCUCCCUCCUCUUCCUCUCUCCCUCCACAUGUCUAUCCCUCCAAUCAUCUCUAACUCCUAUUCCUCCCUGCAACAAAUGGGAUACAAUAGUAGUCAGGAACAUGACUCUUCCUUCCUCUCUUUCUUUUUCUCAACCAUACACAUACUCUCUUCCUAAUAAGGCGUUCCAUAAUAAAUUGUGUGACACGCCUCCCAUUCCACACACACACUCUCGCUCUCUUCCAAUCAACUCUUGCUUUCUUGCCUGACAGACUAACUACAGAGUUCGCCAAUGUUAGCUGAUGAGUUACGAAGCUGGGACAGUUUCCAAAUGAAUUGCAUCGGUAGAAACUGGACAAAACAAGCAAAUUGUUAGUUGGCUAUUUAAACAAAUAUCCAACUCAUCAUAUGAGCUCCACUGCGUGGGCAUCUACUACCGUAACAUGACAGCUAAGCUGUCAAAUAAUUGGAAAACGUGGCAAUGUAUAGUCCAUUAAUAUCUUCACCUAGCAAACAUGACAAACCAUAACCUAAGCCCAACAGAUAAACACAAUUUACUCUAGCCUCCAUUUCGGUGGCUAGUUAGCUGGUUGUCUGUAUGGCUAGUUAGUGAAAGUGACAGCUGAGGUUGACGCUUCGUGAGCACAGGCCAAAUUUAGCACUACACACAACUUUACUUGCCUGACAGACUAACUAGUUAGCAAGCUAGCUAUAACAAGCAGCUUGGGCCGUUUCCAUAUGAAUUACAUCGGUAGAAACAAGACACAACAACCAACUAGUUAGCUGACUAUAUACAACUAAACACUGCAACUAAACUCAGCAAAAAAAGAAACGUCCCCUUUUCAGGACCCUGUCUUUCAAAGAUAAUUCGUAAAAAAAUCCAAAUAACUUCACAGAUCUUCAUUGUAAAGGGUUUAAACACUGUUUCCCAAUGUUUCCCAAUGAACCAUAAACAAUUAAUGAACAUGCACCUGUGGAACGGUCGUUAAGACACUAACAGCUUACAGACGGUAGGCAAUUAAGGUCCCAGUUAUGAAAACUUAGGACACUAAAGAGACCUUUCUACUGACUCUGAAAAACACCAAAAGAAAGAUGCCCAGGGUUCCUGCUCAUCUGCGUGAACGUGCCUUAGGCAUGCUGCAAGGAGGCAUGAGGACUGCAGAUGUGGCCAGGGCAAUAAAUUGCAAUGUCCAUUCUGUGAGACGCCUAAGACAGCGCUACAGGGAGACAGGACGGACAGCUGAUCGUCCUCGCAGUGGCAGACCACGUGUAACAACACCUGCACAGGAUGGGUAUAUCCGAUCAUCACACCUGCGGGACAGGUACAGGAUGGCAACAACAACUGCCCGAGUUACAACAGGAACGCACAAUCCCUCCAUCAGUGCUCAGACUGUCCGCAAUAGGCUGAGAGAGGCUGGACUGAGGGCUUGUAGGCCUGUUGUAAGGCAGGUCUUCACCAGACAUCACCGGCAACAACGUCGCCUAUGGGCACAAACCCACCGUCGCUGGACCAGAUAGGACUGGCAAAAAGUGCUCUUCACUGACGAGUCGCGGUUUUGUCUCACCAGAGGUGAUGGUCGGAUUCGCAUUUAUCGCUGAAGGAAUGAGCGUUACACCGAGGCCUGUACUCUGGAGCGGGAUCGAUUUGGAGGUGGAGGGUCCGUCAUGGUCUGGGGCGGUGUAUCACAGCAUCAUCGGACUGAGCUUGUUGUCAUUGCAGGCAAUCUCAACGCUGUGCGUUACAGGGAAGACAUUCUCCUCCCUCAUGUGGUACCCUUUCUGCAGGCUCAUCCUGACAUGACCCUCCAGCAUGACAAUGCCACCAGCCAUGCUGCUCGUUCUGUGCGUGAUUUCCUGCAAGACAGGAACGUCAGUGUUCUGCCAUGGCCAGCGAAGAGCCCAGAUCUCAAUCCCAUUGAGCACGUCUGGGACCUGUUGGAUCGGAGGGUGAGGGCUAGGGCCAUUCCCCCCAGAAAUGUCUGGGAACUUGCAGGUGCCUUGGUGGAAGAGUGGGGUAACAUCUCAAAGCAAGAACUGGCAAAUCUGGUGCAGUCCAUGAGGAGGAGAUGAACUGCAGUACUUAAUGCAGCUGGUGGCCACACCAGAUACUGACUGUUACUUUUGAUUUUGACCCCCCCCCCCUUUGUUCAGGGACACAUUAUUCGAUUUAUGUUAGUCACAUGUCUGUGGAACUUGUUCAGUUUAUGUCUCAGUUGUUGAAUCUUGUUCUGUUCAUACAAAUAUUUACACAUGUUAAGUUUCCUGAAAAUAAAUGCAGUUGACAGUGAGAGGACGUUUCUUUUUUUGCUGAGUUUAUUUCCAUGAGACAGAGAGCAAUCAUUUGAGCGCCACCGCUGAUGUGCUCGCCUGUACCAACCAAGUUAUCAUGACAUGACAGAACUUGCUAAUCAGUUAGCUAUUCCCCAAGUUUUACAGCAUCAAACAUCGACAACACCAAACAUAUAUCUGCUGUUUACUUAUUUCACUCACCUUGACAUCAUUGCUUUCAAAGUGCAAGGACUUGUGCGAAUCCGUACCAUAUCUGUAUCACCAACCAACAUAGAUAAAGCCUCUUUCACAGUGAAAAGUAAAAUGUCAGCAUACCCUAUUUCCGCCAACAGCAAAUACGACAACAGAUUGUUAGCAAGUACAUUUUGCGAUAUUCACUGUUAAUGAACAUAAACAGAUUUAGUAUCUCAUGUCUUCCACGCAUAGCCUACAAGCCACUGAUGCAGUCCUUUGGAGCAUGUACAUUUAAAAAAGUCUAAAUCCAUGUAAUAUAGCCUAUACCAUCACAAUAAAUCCAUUGUUUAUUUUAGACAGGUCUAAAGAAACAUGAUAUGAAGAAAAUGUAGUCUAUUUCUGUCACGAUCGUUAGUUAGAGAGGACCAAGGCGCAGCGUGUUGAGCGAACAUACUUUAAUUGUAAAGUGCACACACGAAUACAAAACAAUAAACGAUACGUAACGUCCUCAGACAAAUGACUGACAAGGAACAAAAACCCACAACCCCAAGGUGAAAACAGACAGUAUAAAUAUGGCUCCCAAUCAGAGACAACGAGCCAACAGCUGACACUCGUUACCUCUGAUUGGGAGUCACUCCUUCAAACAAAGAAAUACAACCCAACAGAAAUACCAACAUAGAAAUACACCCAAUGAAUGAACACACCCUGGCUCAACAUACAGAGUCCCAGAGCCAGAGCGUGACAGUACCCCCCCCUAAAGGCGCGGACUGCGACCGCGCCUCAAUACGGGCUAAACAAGGGAGGGCUGGGCGGGCAUACCUCCUCGGCGGUGGCUCUGGCUCCGGCCUUGAUCCCCACCUCCUCUCCAACCCCCCAAAGUACCCCUGGUCCUGUCUAGCCCCGCUGGCCGGAGCCGGACUGACGACACGCGCCCCUGGCUUGGUGCGUGGAGGACGAACGGGCCUUACCAGGCUGACGACGCGCACCACUGCCUUGGCGCGGGGAGCAGGAAUGGGCCGGACCGGGCUGACGAAGCGCACCCCUGACUUGGUGCGGAGAGCGGGACCGGGCCGGACAGUGCUGACGAUUCGCACCCUUGGCUUGGUGCGAGUAGCAGGAACGGGCUGGACCAGGCCGACGACUCGUACCCCUGGCUUGGUGCGAGUAGCAGGAACGGGCUGGGCCAGGCUGACGACUCGCACCCUUGGCUUGGUGCGAGUAGCAGGGACGAGCUGAACCAGGCUGACGACUCGCACCCUUGGCUUGGUGCGAGUAGCAGGAACGGGCUGGACCAGGCCGACGACUCGUACCCCUGGCUUGGUGCGAGUAGCAGGAACGGGCUGGGCCAGGCUGACGACUCGCACCCUUGGCUUGGUGCGAGUAGCAGGAACAGGCCGGGCUGGGCUGGCGACGCACACCGUAGGCUUUGUGCGUUGAGCAGGAACAGGCCGGGCUGGGCUGGCGACGCACACCGUAGGUUUUGUGCGUGGAGCAGGAACAGGCCGGGCUGGGCUGGCGACGCACACCGUAGGUUUUGUGCGUUGAGCAGGAACAGGCCGGGCUGGGCUGGCGACGCACACCGUAGGUUUUGUGCGUGGAGCAGGAACAGGCCGGGCUGGACUGGCGACGCACACCGUAGGCUUUGUGCGUUGAGCAGGAACAGGCCGGGCUGGGCUGGCGACGCACACCGUAGGUUUUGUGCGUGGAGCAGGAACAGGCCGGGCUGGGCUGGCGACGCACACCCUAGGCUUGGUGCGAGUGGCAGGAACAGGCCGGGCCGGGCUGGCGACGCGCACCGUAGGUUUGGUGCGAGGAGCAGGAACAGGCUGGACCGGGCUGGCGACGCGCACCGUACACUUGGUGCGAGGGGCUGGAACAGGCCGGACCGUACUGGGGACACACACCACUGGCUCUACCUCGGGAUCUGGAACGGGCCGGACCGGACUGGUAACACACCCCAGUACCUCUCGCCGUGCCUCUACACCUUCCCUCCCUGCUUUGACCAGUGGCCCCCGUAACCUGGUGGCCUUCUGAAUCCGCCCCUUUUCUGCCUCCGUCAGCCCCGUCGUCCAUGCCGUGUGCCCCCCCCUAAAAUUUUUUUGGGGUUGCCUCUCGACCGUCCAACGCUGACACUGCUUACGCCGUUGCUCCUCUCUCCGUCGCCUCUCAAUUGUCUCACUCCAUGGCCGGCGAUCCAUCCCGGCCAGGAUCUCCUCCCAGGUCCAGGACCCCUGCCCGUCCAAAAUCUGUUCCCACGUCCAGGCUGCCGAUUCCUGGACACGCUGCUUGGUCCUGGUAUGGUGGGUUUUUCUGUCACGAUCGUUAGUUAGAGAGGACCAAGGCGCAGCGUGUUGAGCGAACAUACUUUAAUUGUAAAUGCAACACACGAAUACAAAACAAUAACGAUACGUAACGUCCUCAGACAAAUGACUGACAAGGAACAAAAACCCACAACCCCAGGUGAAAACAGACAGUAUAAAUAUGGCUCCCAAUCAGAGACAACGAGCCAACAGCUGACACUCGUUACCUCUGAUUGGAGUCACUCCUUCAAACAAAGAAAUACAACCCAACAGAAAUACCAACAUAGAAAUACACCCAAUGAAUGAACACACCCUGGCUCAACAUACAGAGUCCCAGAGCCAGAGCGUGACAAUUUCAGAAGAACAGAAUAGCAUACUCUGCGUUGUCCUUAUGUUAGGCCCUGAUCUGCCAUAUGGCUGUGGGCUACACUAGUUUAUUUAGCAGACGAGAUUUGUUUAGCAUUCCAUAGCAUUAUUUUAUAUUUUUAUAGUAUGAAGAAUACAAUACAACAUAUCUGAAUAAAAUAUAAAGGAUAUUUUCUCCAAACGAUUUGCGGCUAUUCUGUGUUGAGCGGUUAGCAAAGAAACAGGUACUCCUAUAUGCUUAAUUUAGAGUUAUUUAUGUAACUUUAGUUGUGAUACAAAUGUUGGGCUAUAUGUUUUGAUUUUUAAUACAUUCUAAGUCUGCAUGAUGCGACUCUAAUGAUGAUUUGAAAAAAGUUGCAUGAAAGGCAUGAGCUUAGUUUUUGCGCAGGCUGUACACACUUCAUCAGUCUCUCAUUCACAAUUUGACAAGCACUUGAUAAUGCCUCAAAUUUCCCGGCUGCAUCCCCUUUGUGUGGCCAAAAUCCUCCUAAAAAAAUCCAUGCCUUUUGUGGCCAGUGGGCUGAAUAUAAUAAUUAUAAUUCCCUUCUCCCCGCUGCGUGAUCGGGUCUUUCUCAAAGGCUACAAGUAAAGAAAGACACAUCGGGGACGCAACUGCGUGCAUCCUUAUCCGAUUCAACUGCGUGCGAUUGGUCCGAUUCAAUUCGAGGCGCAUAUUGAAGAUAUUUGAAGAACUGUCCACAUUUACUUUUCGUCAGCCAACAAGAUGAGUAGGCCUAACGAACAGCAAAAGCACUAGCCUAUGUCAAUCUACUAUCCCCCAUAGUACAAAAGUUGACUUAUUCUAUUCUGUGCGAGAAAUAAAUAUUCCAAACAUAGUCCGGGACAGUUGUGGGAUGCGAUAGAUCCCUAAUACAACCAAUAGCAUAAAAAAACCUGUUUUAAGCAAUGAGCUUGACGCAACAGAUGAGAACGUUUAGCUUAAAAUGUUGAUAAACUAUUAGGCUAUUUCUUCACAUUAUAAGCGCAGCAAUGUGCACACGGCAGUAGGCUAUAAGCACGGAUGUUCCAUUAGCAGGAAAACACCAUUCUCAAAAGUGACCACAAAUGUGAUUAUGCAUGUAAUACUUUUAUUAUAAAGGUGCAUUUUUAUGGUGAAAAUUAUCUUCCCCAAACGUGAAACUCACGCGCUGCGUAUGUAUGCCAGUUAGGCUCUACACCCGUUGUAAAGCGGAUUAAUGUGCUUCAUUUUAAGAAGUUAUUUGGCCACUUUAGUUGUGAUACAAACUUGAUCAAAACAUAAUAAUAAUUAAUAUGCCAUUUAGCAGACGCUUUUAUCCAAAGCGACUUACAGUCAUGCGUGCAUACAUUUUUGUGUAUGGGUGGUCCCGGGGUAUAGGCGUAUGGGCUAGGCUACAUGAGGUGUGCGACUAUGAUUUGAAAUUUGAGAAAUUUGAUUUGAUUUAGAAUGGACCAUUAUAAUGCACUUGUCUCGAAACAGGGACAGCGGGAAAACAAUACAUGUCAUCUAUGCACUUAAAUAGCGAAUGGAGGACGCUUUUCUCGUGGUUCAUUUUCAUGCCAGCCAGGUAGGCUAUACUCCUGUUGUAAAGAGACACAAUAUGCUUAAUAUUAAGAAGGUUGAGAAAUAAAUAUAGUAGGCCUAGCCUAUAGAAAGCUGAUGGCAUCCUCCUCUUUUUAAUAGAGGCCAUCACUCUGUUUUCUCACGCAAUUGCAUAGUCUAUAGAAAUGUUGCGCAACAUGAACUCAUGGGCUUUCAUGAAGUGUUUGAUUUGACAUUUGCAUUGAUGUCAGAGUGAUUUGAGUGAAAAUAGAGUGCUGAGUACCAGGCAGUUAACAAGUUUGGUAGGCUACUAAUGACCAUCAGCAACAUCAGAGCUUGGAGAAGCCUAAUUACCCUGACUAAACAGUCACAUGGAAUUUGACAGCCAUCAUGACUCGUGACCGCCGGUGUGGCGGUAAUACGGUCACCUUAACAGCCCUAAUCAUAGGUUUGAAUAUCACUAAUGCCGUGCCACAAUAAAAAACAAAUGUGUUUGCAUGAUUAAUGCCUAAGCAAAUGAAUUUCUAUGUGUUCAAUCUGUGCUUGGAGUUCAAAACAGUUAACCCAAACUAAGCUAGCAGAGGUAUUAAAAGAUUCAGUGAAAGUUUUAAGAAAGCCUCCAAAUAACCUAUAAUUUCCCUUCUCAGAAUGCUUAAAAAACGUUCCGUCUUACUGGUCAGGAAACUUAUGGCUUCGUUCCCAGAACCAAUGGGAAAUCAAAAACGUACGUUCCCACAACUUCCAAGGAACCAAAUGUGCUAGCUGGGGAGCUGUGUGUUUGUUGUUCCUUGUCAAGAUCACAUGGAGAUGGCUAAAGCAAACAGAGAAGUUUGGCUGCGAGCAUAUUGGGCGCUUUAAUAAUUGAUCGGUGAGGCACAUUCACAGUGCCAGACCUUUCUCUGAUCCCUGCACAGCUUGCUACCCAAUAUACAUGUUGUUUCUAAAGAUAUGCUACUGUAAAAAUCAAUAUACACUGCUGUUAUGCUACUGUUAGCCUGAACCGUACCCUGCCAUUUCAAUAAUACAAUCUUUCUCAUAAACACGGUCGGCAGAGCCAAACUACAGAGCCCCAUCUCUUGAAACUCUCUACUUGGACUCUACCAACAGCAGCACUGUCGGUCUGUCUGUCCUCCUCCUGCUGUCAGAGUGAUUGCUGAGAGGAAUCAGCCCAAGAUGAGGUGGCCUCUGCUGCUGUGAGAGAGAGAGAUGUCCUGGUCACUGCUGCCCCAGACCCAGCUCUAUGGCUGGCAGAUUGCCGGCUACGGAUCGGCUAA